AUGAUUCUUGGUAGUCAUAAACUAUUCAUAUUUGUUACCUGCAUUGGGAUAUUAGCAGUUGAACCGUAUACGGUUUCUGGCAUCAGAAGUGUAGGGUUUGAACUAAGAUUCAUAAAGGAAGACCAUGGAAUAGUGAUGAAUCAUCGCAUGCUUAAGGCAGUAAUUGACAUGGAUGAUCUUAAAAGAAAUCCAUCAUCUGAGGAAGCUGUAAACAAGAAAUUCAGUCGUUGUCAAUCAAGCAAAAGAACAGUUAGGAAAGGGUCAGACCCCAUCCACAAUCGAGCUUGA